GGGUGUGAAGUAUAAGAUUGGGGGUGGCCGGAAAAUUCUCGUCAAACUAAUAAUAAUCUUCGGGAACUUCAACUCAUACAGCACGAAAAAAUGGCACUUUGUAGUGGUAGUUUAUGCAAGCCUCAAAUCGCAUUACUUCCCCGUUCUGUAAAUUUGAAGCAAUCACUGUCGGCAAUCACGUUUUCAACUCCAACAAAAUUUCCAACCACUCUUUCACUAUCAAUUUCUGCUUCCAACAUUCUUCGCAAUGCGCCUUAUCCACGGUUUCGCUGCACAGCCGAUUCCACCUCCUCCACGUCUUCUGUCGAAUGUAAUAUGCCUUCUUCAACCAAAAUCUUCAUCAAAGGGCUUCCCCUCUCAACCUCUGAAGUGGAUUUAGCCAAAGUGUUUUCCAUGUUUGGUGAAGUUACUCGAGUCAAGCUUUUGAUAGAUAAAGAUUCCGGAGAGUCUCUAGGAUUGGCAUACAUUUGGUUUGUCGAUGAUGAGUCGGCACAAUCGGCUACAAAAGAGAUGAAUGGAAAGUUUUUCGAUGGCAGGUUUAUUUAUGUUACAAUCGCAAAGCUUGGAUCAUCAAAAAAAUUUAAGAAGACAAGAGCCUACAAAUUCUAAUGACAUGAACUUUGUCUCUAUGAACCACUUCAGUAAGCAUACAUGUAAAAUGCAGCUUAGUUAUGAAUUUCAUGCAUUGUGAGGAAUGCUUGCAAUUCACUCCUUCCAUUACAUACAUACUUGAACUUCUGGUGAUUGAAAUUCAAAUGGAUUGUUGAACUUUUGUCAAAGAAUUCAAAGAGCCUGCAGACUUAGAGAACACAUGUCAUCUAAUGAGACUCAGUGGAAAAUCAUUUGGUUUUAAAGGUAAAUAUCUCUAACAAUGGACUAGAUUGUAAACUAGUGUAAAAAUAUGUGAUUUUUCUCCCUUGUGAUAUUAAUUUGUGCUUUGUUUGUAUUUUUA